AUGGAACAAUCUUCCAACCAAGCCACUGAUACACCCCAGCCCAACCCCAUCGAAGACCUCACCCCGGCAGAACGUCUUGCCCGGGCACGACAGAGGCUUACUUCAAGCAGGACGUACCUCCAGAUAGGAAGGACAUCUGUUGUCGUUCGCGAUGACGUGCUAGGGGACAUCAGCAAGGAGGAAGCAAGCCGAGUCAACAUAGUCGGUGAACCAUCCCAGAGCGCUCAACAUGCUGGCAUGUCUGCUACUUCACCAGAGAAGCCACUCGUCGACGAUCAUUCCCCUACUUCUGCAGGACAGAAGGGCCUCGACAAUCAUACCCCUACUUCUGCAGAACAGAAGGGCCUCGAAAAUCAUUCGCCACAAGAAGGCUCUGAGCCUACAGCCGCAGUCGAGAAGAAGUCUGCCCCCAGAGGACGAAAGAAGCGACGAGACGAAGUGUACGAUCCCACUGAGUUAAGGAAGAAAUUGCCAGGACUCGUUACAUUAAUCAAUGAAGCCCUGGCGAAGGAGCCCCGCAAUAGCACCCCUAGCGAGCCCGGACCAUCUGUUCCCGAUAAGAAACGACGACGACCUCGCCCCAGUGGGUCGAAGAGGUUGCCUCCACGUCAGGAGGAAAAAUCAAGUCCAACGUCCACAUCUUCCCCGGAGGCGGGCCCCUCCACUCGCUCGCGCACCAAGUUACUCAGAGAGGCUGCAGCCAAAUUGCCAUCUUCUGAACCCGAUCUUUUCAAUGAUUCCUUUGGCGAUGGUCAUGAGGAGAUGGAGGAAGAUCUUCGAAGAAUCCUUUCACCUCCCAUCACGUAUCCUUUAUACAAUGGCUUUUACAACACCUCUCCUGAGCCAGAUGCCGACCACUCGCAAGAAAAGUCCGAGGAAGCAACUAACGACGGUGUCGACAACACAACGAAAGAGCUGCAGGUUGUCACGACUCCGUCCAGUGCAGACUCUCAGGAAGAAACUGAGACUUCUGUCGAGGUCGAUACGAAAGCAACUACUGCUGAAAUCUUUGGUCCAGAGCAGAUAAUCGACGAUGUUUUCUCACCCAGCGUGUCGUCUACAAGUACCCCCAAGAGAGCAAAGGAGGAAAUCGAGUACACUAUUCCCACUCUCCCUAUCCCCACUACACCUCCGUCCGAUGAGAUGGUUUACCUUGCGUGUGUCACUCGUGGAAAACCAUUGCAGAGGCAGUAUGCCAUGCUCAACGUUCUGGAAGGUUUAGAAGAGUCUAAGAAACCUGGAGCCUUUUCUGCGUUCAUCGCAGGCUUCAAGUUGAUGUUCGGAACUGCCUCAGUUUCGAAUGCGAUAGUUGCAGGAGCACAAGCAGUAGUGUCAGGAAUCCAGAACCUCUUUGGCUACGAGCGCUCAUCUCUGAAGCGCACUAGAGAAGAAGAAGAGGAACGACAAGAACCUGCGGCGGCCUUACCUAUUACACGUACCCUCCCUGAGGAACAAGAUCCGGAAACACCAAGGCGAAAGAGGGCCCGUUUGAGCGAGGAACCAGUCAGCGUCAGUCCGCGAAAAAGGUCCUCAGCGCCCUCUCCACCCGCAGAAAGACCCAGCGACGAGUUUCUCGCACCAGUCGCGCCCAGUGUUUUGCCAGAUUCGGCAAGCAACCUCCAAGUCGCUAUUGCGAGACCAAGGAAGAAGGUCGACCGCCUUUCUGGUGUUUACCGACAAGGCGAAGUUCCAUAUCUUCCCCAGUCUCAGGACUCUGGUGCAUCGAGUUCGGGAACAACCAGUCCUGUCCGCGCACGGGCCACGUCAUCCGGCACACGGAGCCCAGGCGUCCGUCGUUCGCCACGUAAACACGCGCGAUCGCAACCGGCACGCGGAGCCUAG